UCAGCCUCAUUCACAGAAGAAAAGGAAGGUCUUCCAUCAUUGAUUCAGGGGACGAUAAUUGAACUUUGAUGCAUGAAGUACACUGUUUUCGUUCUGACUUCAGAACUGCUUGUUUCUUUGUUAUCCUCGUAUGAGUUUUUGUCACAUGACAUAGUUUUGCAUACUAAAUACGCGCUCGUUCAAUUUUGAAAUCACGCGUAUGAUUUCAGACCAAAUUGCACUCCACUCAGUUCAAUUACCAUAGUAUAUGACCUUGGUAGGUGCCUUAACGCAUGAUUUCCUCACCAGUAGAAAAAUAUUAUCCAUUGUCAUUACCUGAAGUUCGGUUUGCGAAUUUGACAAAUUUGUUUUGUUUAUUUGUUUUAAUAUAGAUAUUUAGGAAAACAAAUAUGGCUGUAUUUACCAACUGAAAAUUAGCGACUGAAAACACACAUCUUUUCCAUUUACGUUUUACAAAAAUUUCUUCCAAAAGGUCUUCAGUCUACCCUAUUGCCAAGAUAACGUUAAGAAAUCUUCCGUCUUUUUCCAAGAACCUAAUUUUUGUAACUCGCUUGACAAUGAAAUCAUCAACCCUAAUUCCCUAGUCCCUUGCUCGUCAAUUUAGUUUAAGUUAUUUUUUUCUCACCCUUUGCCGUAAUUUUCUUUAGUGUAGAAAACAAAGGAUGUGAAUAAUUAAAUAGACAGAAUUGCACGACAAACUGAGGUGUGAUCUAAAUUUUUUCAACUUGACGUUCUUCAAAGGUUUGUUUUCUACUGGUCGAUUAUCCCUAGCCUUCUGGUUAAUUAAGGGAAGCGUAAAGAAGCGAAUCAAGACGGAAUGCUAAGCAGUUAUUACGCAAAUAAAUCUGACAGAAAAACAAACAACCACCUUGCAGCGCAGCUUACUACCUCUUUGUUUCGAUAUCUGUUGGACUGCUUUGAAGUUUUCUUUACAGCUAUAAAAUAUUCAAGACAGGUCAAAUGGAUCCCUUUUCCAAUAGAAAUUAUCGAAAAUGUGUUAACAACCUGAAAUGCAGAAAGAGGAACGAGUUUUGCAGUUUCCCCCGCUCUUGAAUUUUUCUGCUGGGUACCAUUUUAGCAUAAGGGUUAUCGGAUUUUUCUCGUCCGCCUUCAUCGUGAGUGUGAUUGUCAUGGUUCCUGUCAGUCCAGUGAUGAGCAAUGCUGACAUGCCAGCUGAACGAAUCUGCAAACCUGGGCCGCCAUUGAAAGCAACGACUGGAAAGACGAACUGUCUUGUUAUUGGUGAUUCCAUUAGUAUUGGUUACACUCCGUGGGUCGCCAAAACGUUAGGUGGUGGCUAUCAAGUCCAGCAUGCUCCUUGGGAUCACGAGGACGGUGGAGUCCUGGACUCUAAAUACGGUCUGCGAUGCCUACGCUUGUUUCUGCAGACCACCAUGUUAGAACCAACAAGAUAUGAUGUUAUUAUUUUCAAUUUUGGUUUCCACGACGUGGAAUGUAGCGGCAAGUGGUCAGAGGAAUACACCACACCAGUUGAUUAUGCUAAAAAUCUAAAAACUAUAACAUCAAUACUGUUAUCAACUGGGGCUAAAGUUGGGUACGUUCUCACAACGCCGGUGCCUUGGAAUGCUACGCUGAAUGAUCGCGUCAUACAGUACAACAACAUAGCACGUGGCGUGAUGGAGGAAUAUCCAACUGUAGCUACCGCUGACUUGUACACCUGGGUGAUCAAGGUCUGCGGAGUUCCGCCUUAUUUGAACUGCAGUAUCGCUGACAAGCAGCCGAGCCCGCACUACACUUCAUCAGGAAAUAAGUACUUAAGUGCGAGGGUAAAGGAUUUGAUUUUGCAUCUUGCUCAAGGAAUUGACGAGGAUCUUCGCUCUUGGGCGAGACAAGAUUCACUGAUAGCAAGCAAAAAUCUAGUUCCCUGCAAGAACACGUCUGGCAAUGUGGUGACAGUGUGCCCAUAUAACAGCACGUGCUGUAACGCCAGGUUCUCUCCUACGGGACUGGGAUGUUGUCUCAUACCGCAAGCCAUCCCGUGUGGGGACGGGAAGCACUGCUGUCCCGCGGGUUACGAGUGUGAUCCGGGCUGUUCAAUUUGUCAGUGUUUCUGUCGAAAGUUGAAGCUGUAAACAUCUUUGGAAAGAACCAUGACCAGGUCAGCGUUUCUAAGAUUUUGACAAAACAAGGAUGGAGAUUGUUUACCUGAAUCUGUGAGAGUCUUUUCUCACAUCUGCUAAGUACACCUUUCUGGUGGGCAAUAAAGUUUCUCUAAUCUAGAAAAUUGAUUGUUCAAAGCUUACAUAGUACUGCCUGGUGGAUAAAACUUUCCACGGUGAAAAAGAUUGUAUGACCU